UCUGUGUUUAGCCAAGAGAAGAAGAAAACUAACUCCAAACCCAAACACCUUCAUGAGCAGGAGAUCCCCUAUCGGCUUCGGGAGCUCAUGAAGAGCAGAGAGGAGAUGAAGAACCCCAAGAGCAGGAAGAGAAGGAAAGCAGCUACAGGGAGCAAAGAGAAGCCCGCAGCCCCGGGUGACAUUCCCGUGCCCACGUUCAAGCGGCGGAAGCGAGAGGGGGAGCAGGCCUACAUCCGGCGCAUGGAGCAGGAGACCCAGCGCGUCCUGUUUCUCACCCAAAACCAGCUGCAGCGCGAGCCUGAGAAGGAGGAGCCGGAGCCGGAGAAGUCACAGAAGAAGAAGGAGUUUCAGAACAAACGCCUGGCGAAGAUGCGGAGGAAGAAAGAAGAGAAGAAAGUGGCCAUGCUGGAGAAGGCCUUGUUCCAAGACCCGGUGCAGUUUGGGGAGGUCGCCAUGCAGCCGCCAGCGCUUACGGUGAAGCCCAGAAAGGGGGUCGCGAAAGAGAAGGUAAAGCUGCUACUCCCGUCUCAUUUCAGCCCCAGCCCCGCCGCUCCCGCUCAGCCCGGCUCUGAGCCGAACGUGCAGGAUGGGGGUUCCCACGCUCUUGCCUGUGCCCUGCCCGGGGAUUUGAAGUUGGGUCUUCAGAAGGAGAAAAGCCACGUGGCACCGUGA